AACACCUCGGGCAUUCUUUCUUCGUUCCUUCCUUCCUCCCAUUCACAGAUAAGGAUGCCCACAUUCUGCCAAUGCUUCCACAACCGCUAGAGCAACGCCCCUCAAUUCUCCCUGUCUCUCCCUGCUCACCGUCGCUCUCCAUGCAGCUUCCAGUCCCUAGCCCGGCAAUCACCUAUUUGCCCUCGAGACGUCAUGUUAUGAGCACCUGCUCCUCACCUCCCGCCAAUCAGCCUUCUAUCUGCAGUUUCAAAGCCGCUCGGAAGAGAGCAUCCAAUUGGCAUGCAGGCACCGACAAGUCCAAUAUCAAGAGCGAAGAGGAUGAGUUAGAACCUGAGGGCUCAAGUUCUUUGCGACUUGCUGGAAGGACACUGCCCCGGGGAAUAGUUACUCCCGGAUCAAGGCUUUCUGCGUCUCAACCGCAAUAUAGCAGCUCUUCAUCUGCCGACGAUGCCUCUUCGGCCUCGCCUGGCACACCUGGAUUGUCAAGUGAGCUGACGUCGUCCCUUACUGAGAAAGCAUACCACCUCGAUCUUCAACAUCGCAAACGCAUGGCUGAUACGGCUCUUCUGCCCAACCCUAAACGUCCUCGUAUCGACAUCAGAACGUCUUCCAUACCGUCAAUACUUCCGAAUGUCAUCAGCAACGGUAGCAUGUCUCGGAAUCUAGGUUUAGCCGGCCCUCAGAAGAAGGCAGCUAGGAAGAAAGCCAUGGAUUUGGUUAUCGAUCUGACAGUGCUGGACAGCGAUGAUGAUAGUUUAAUCAUUGACAGCUCUGACGCAAGUGACGAGGCUGCAGAUGAAAAAGAUCGAGAGGAUGGUGAUUCAUACGAUUUUUCAGAUCGGACUGGACGUCAUACGGGAAGCCUAGCGUCUGGUGCUGGGGAAGAUACUGAUGAGGAGGAGAUUGAAGUCAUGUACCUGAAGGCUGGGAGUGUUAAGGAAAAGGAGGGUAACAUGGUCAACGGAUCGGCUUGCCAGGUUUCUCCUUCAAGUACGCGACAUGCCGAAAGUCGGCCAAUUACACCUAUCGAGAAAGGGCCGUCUCCUUUGAGGGAAGUAAGAGACCUGCCGCCGCUUAAUGGAACACAAAUCAAUGCGGGACGAUUCCUCCAAGAUUCGUCGCGGAAUGAGGCGUGUUCACCGGUUGUCUUCGAUAACAGGCCUUUAACCACACAUUUGCUAGAUGCAACAAACGCAAGAUCCAGAGCACAAACGGCGGUGGAUCUGGGUACUUCGUCACAAAACUUGAAUCCUACCUGGCUAGAUUCGCUUGCUUCAGCCAAGUGGUCGCCUGUUACUUUAAGCAUCCAAGGAGACUUAACCGAAAUGACACAGAACUGGACCCCGGAAGAACGAUCAGCUCAUAGACGGCUGGUUCUCUUGAGAAGGGACUUGCAAGGCAAGCUGCUUCAGGUAGAAGCGCACGCGAUAUCUGAGAUGGAGGCCGUGAAUCAUCGUUCAAGCUGUCUGCCUUGCUUCUUCUGGAAGGAAAGAAACAUAUAUGUCUUUCCAGCGACAAGUGUAUCUAGCGUGUUUCAAGUCUUGUUGGGGUUCGAUAGACUCGCAAACGUUCAGGCUAAUUGGUUGGGAAAUCAUUACAAAAAGCGCACGGGAAUCAUUGUUUUGAGAGAUAAUGAAGAUGGGGCGAGAUUUCUCGGCAGAAUAGCUGAAAUGUCAAGUCCCCUCAACGUAGGAAAGAAGAUUGAAACGGGAAGCGAAUUCUAUCUGUGGGAGGAUCUAGGGUCUAUAAUAGAAGAUAUAAUAAAAAACCUUGUCGUGCGCCUUCCAAGAGACGGUGAGGGUGACCAUUGCCCACCUGUCUUGGCGCCACAUGAUGCACCUCUUUCGCAACUUUUCAGCACUAGAGUUACGCUAUCAAAUGAGGCAACAUUAUUUCUUCCCCCUCAAGGUAUAAAUCCGACUUCUUCCACCCAAAACUUGCUGCCAUCGCCAAUGCCGUCAUCAUGUUCGUAUCAACAGCUCCCACCCUCCGAUCAACCGGGUUCUUAUACAUCCAAUUUAAGGGCUUUGGAUGAUGAUGCACAGCGAUUUCCUCUAACCAAUGAAGAUAGACAGACAAAGGAAUUUGGCACGGAAGAGCAACAUGCGGAAGGCCGUUUCACAUGGUCAUCCAUAGAAUUGCGUUUUGAACCGGAUCUGAAAGCCGUCACAAAAGAUUGGACACUUGAAGAGCGAAGCGCCGGCCGACGUCUCAUCCAACUUUCUCCUCAUUGGGAUGGAGCCGCUAUUACGGUCAAGCUCAGAAUCAUCACCAGGACAGAAUGGUCACCGUUUCUGACCCAUAUCAUAUCCUGCAUAUACUGGGAAGAAAGAGAUACCUGCGUUAUCGCCGACGAUGAUAUUCUUAACGCCUUAGAAGCCCUCCUUGACGUGGGGCGUCUGACUGUGCCGCUUAAGACUUGGAUCAAUAACAAUGUUGACAAGCAUUUAUCCAUGAUUCAAAGAAGAGAUGGUAACAACGAGAAGUUUUUCUCGGAGAUCCAGAAUAUGUCGAAUCCUCAUUUGGGACGGUCAGGAUCAUUUAUCGCCAAUGUCUAUCCAUGGGAUGAUUUAAAAUCAAUGAUACAAAGGAUCUUUGGUCGACUACUUUUACGUAUUCCUGUUGAUGGUGAUCGCUCCCGGCCUGUACUUACCCCGUUUGAUGGCCUUCGUUCACAGUUGUUCAACCCACACCCCCGUGAGUCAGCUUUGGUGCCUUUAGCAUCUAGCGAGCAUUUUACCGAAAGCCACCAUUUCCCGGACCGCCCACAUCCGCCCCAUUCUGCUUUGGAUACUUCAGAACCUGGAUCGCGUCCUUCAGCGAGCAUGGUUGGCUCUGAGCAAGCAGGGCAUCUGCUUGUGGCUCGGCAAUACACGCUAGGCUUACGGACGAAUGCUGAGGGCGCCUUGAAAAGUACUCCCGGCGAUUCUAUCCUAGACGGAGCUCAGUUGCAGUCGAUUCUGCAGACGGGUGCAACAGAGGACCAAAACGGAUCUAUUUCGCCAAGGGAUAGAAUCAACGGAUUGAAUACUGUCGGGGAUCCUCGGUUGCUUAUUGACGCAUUCGAGCCGGAAGCCAUAGUCGAAAACAGCCAAGUACAUUUGUCUACUAUCGGUUCCAAUAUCGCAGAGGCCUCGAAGGUGGGUAGAAAUAGGUCGGUGGAGGUAGGAGAGACGGUUUCAAAGCAAAUCGAAGAAACCUCGCAACCAGACAAUGAUCGUUCGUCCUCUGUUUCAGGGUCGCAGUCAUCGAAUCUCGAUAUGGAGGCAGCCUCGCAAUUACCUGUAAUAUCGUCUGCUCUUAUUUCUGUCCCUCAAACAGUUCAUGAACAUUCGCAUACAAACGACAUCCCUUCUCAACUUCCCAUUUCUUCCGAUCUUCUGCCAUCGCUUGAUGUAUCGAAGUUGAGUCUCAUGAAUCUGUCGCAGGAUUCCGCAUUCUCUCAUCGGGUACCCGAAGUCCAGAAUGAUAUCCAUCUGAUACCGCGAGGAUUUGCGCCUCAAUCCAAGCUAUCUAUUUUUUCUCGCAGACUGCUGCACAACCAACCUCGACAUCCGUUUGCUUCAGAAUACAUAUCACGGCAUCACCCUGUAACAACUAGGAAACCGUUUUUACCUCGGAACGUUCGUGCCGGUUUGUCUGGUUUAGCAUCAAAUGAAUUCCCUAAUAAACCAUCAUCUGUCAAAUUCCAACAACGACUAAAGGAAGGUCAAGUCCGAGAGCUAUGCAUGAGGAUCAAAAAAGGCGAAAUGACUUUGGAUAUGCGUAAUGUCGGGUUCGGAACGUUGAAGCGGGAUCUAGUGGCACGGGAAAGUCAAUUGAAGACAAUGAGACAAGGUCGCCUAAUCAAUAUCACGAUCAGCAGGAUUGUUCCUGUCGACGGAGGGUCUGGUUUGGUGGCUGGGUUGGAUCGCGCUAGGAUCAGAGUUUCGUGGGAAUCGGAUCCAAAACCUCUCCACGACGUCACUCUCCCUCUUCGCGACAUGGCGCUUUACCAAACCCCUCUACCUCUCAUUUUAGAUGGAACAUUUCUGAGGGCAAAUAGAUCCACUCAUCUCCAGCUACGAUUUCAUGUCGAUCUCUAUGUUGGACAAGAUUCGCAAGGUAGUUACAUCUCAUCCCCUAUGUCGAUAACAUCUCCAGACGGAUUUCUGCUUCCUAUUGCCGAUAUUGCUCACAUGAGAGACCGGAACGGAGCUCUUUGCUUCAACCUGGCAUUGGAGUCGAAUAUCAGCCUUGAUCCCGCAGCCUUACCCCUCGAGCCGUUAUCAAAUCGUGUCAUACCUCGAAGGCCACGCAUUCUAAAUCUACUUUACAUCUUCAAAGACGUACAAGGCAAUGCGACUCAAGAAAAGAUAGUGGAUGGCUGGAAAUGUGGGCUGUGCGGGCUAGAAGAGGAUGUCGGGGACCUUAACGACAUGAGCGAGUUAGCAGUGCACAUCAAGCACUAUCAUAAGUAUGAAUGCGCAGUGCUAAUUAGCGGCAACGGGGCGGAGAUGGUUAUAACAUUACCGGACUGCGUCAUUUUCGUGAAGCGCCAUGAUGCUUCUCAAGUUUUCUCGACUAUUGCGGGCGAUUUAACGCAUCUAACGGGACAAGUCUCUCCUCAUACCGGUGGAACGCCUUCACAUCUACUAAAUAACUUGCCGGAGACUUUAUCGGUGCAAGAUUCACCUGUUUCCUUUGAGAACCGCCUGCCGGCAUCAUACACCGACGAUAUUGCAUCUACUGAUGAGUUUACUAAGUUUACUCGACCGCCCAUUUUGACAGUCCCCGGCCAACUAUCCUCCCCCCAAGUAUGCGUAUCGUCAUCUGAACCGUUGAAGAAGAGUUCUAGCGUCACAAGGUCGCCUUCAUUAUCUGCCAACCUUGCACAACCGCCGCCACCAACUUUAGCGACUCAAGAUGUUCAGAUUGAGAAAAUUACUUCCUUCCCGAUUCCAUUCGCAGAAACUGUCCUCUCCAACUUUGAUGCUCUCGGGGUUGGCUCUCCAUUACCUCCUGCUGCUGGCAACUGUAUCAAUACUGAGUCAUCCGAUUCUACGGCUUGCCCCUUGUACAGCUUACCCUCCAUCUCGUUAUCUCCUCGAUCUACGCAUCAGUCAAAUGGCGUUUUCAAAAGCAUCUCGUCUUCAACUAGUUCCCAGAAGUCUCCCCAACUUUAUGAGCCACCAGGCUUUGCAUCUGCUCUGAAGAGAGAUACAACUUUUUCCAUAGUUGAAUCAAGUCAGGGAAGGUCUGCUGCUUCGACCUCUCCGCAAUCACCUUGUACAAAUACCGAAGGUCAGUGUCUUGGAACCAUAGGAGGCGCCUCCAUGUCUCAAUUGGAUGAUCAGCCUAUGUCUCCGGGACCCUGUCAAAGCCAGUCCGUCAUUGCUCGUAGGUUCUCAGCUCUUGAAGGAUCCGGCUCUGGGUCACCAUCUUGCCAACAGCUGGAUGACCUCUCACUUCGCCGAUUGUUUACCCCAGAACUCGAAGAUGUUAGACUCUUGUCUGACUUUGAAACCGAUGUUUCGAGAGAUGCGCGGACAGAAUCGCCUUCCAUAGGUCCCAUAACAACGUCGGCCUGGCAAAUGCCAGCUCCUUCUCCUUCUAUGUCUCCAAGGCAUGACGACUUCCAAGAACCCUGCGUUUUGUCUAAGCUCAUGAUCCCUGAACAAUCGCUGGAACCGAUCCUUUCAUCCUCCACAGGAAAUGCGAAAGUUCCUCUAGAGGAGAGCUCCAUUAGGCUGGCUGAUACGUCAGAGCCAGUUUCUGACUCGAAAUUUACAGAAGCAAAGGCCAAUUUAGCUUUCAUGAAUGCCCAGCCUGCUUCUCAUUUCGAUGAUUCAAGCAAUGAUGAGAGUAUCACAAUACUGGCUGGGCCAGAGACAUCUAUAUCUAACCAUUCUCACCAAUCGCCAACAAACAUUUCGGGUCAAUCUCGUUCUCAACUUCGUGAUAGUCCGCCAGCUAUUGAAGACCUACGUCCCUUCACCAAGACUGGUCAUGCUGGCCCUUACAUGGGUAAACGAGUAAACCAGUGGACUGAGUGGAGCUCCUCAUUAGAGCCGGGAACUUUAAUAGACUUUAUGGGUGAACUGGAUAAAGUAUGGGAUGGAGGGCGAGUUCGACAUUUGAUUAGACAUCAAGAGUCUUUGAUUUGGAUACAGCAUCAUCUUUCCCAUAAACGACGGUUCCUGGCUUGUUGCUGGAAUCGAUGGGUUCAUCAGAAAGGACCUAUACCGGCAUAUAACAAGGCAGGGUACUUAAAGCUCUGGCUGGACAGCUAUGGAGUCAUAAUGAGCCGCGCAAAAUUGUCUUAUGAGGUGAAGGACUAUUUGCAUCUUCAUUUUCAGAAUAGACAUAUUUUAUUGACAGACUACAUUGGUGCCUGUCAGUACUGGAAUCGCCUUAGAAGAUCUUAUUUCGAUGAGCCAAGCAGGGAGACUUGAAAACCCUGUGUCCUAUUUAGAUUCAUCUAUCUUCUCGCAUAGCUUCUUAAGAACAGUUGUAUAUAAAUCAUUUCAUUUAUGCAUAUCGCAAUAC